AUGAGUCAAGACGAAUGGACUGGUGCGGCUUCAGAGGAGCUUCACAAUCUGACAGGACAGUGUGCACAUAUACAUCAUCCACAUAUACAUCAUCCAUAUAUACAUCAUCCAUAUAUACAUCAUCCAUAUAUACAUCAUCCAUAACACCAUUCAUAUAUGCAUCAUCCACAUAUACAUCAUCCAUAUAUGCAUCAUCCACAUAUACAUCAUCCAUAACACCAUCCAUAUAUGCAUCAUCCACAUAUACACCAUCCAUAUAUACAUCAUCCAUAUAUACAUCAUCCUUAACACCAUCCAUAUAUGCAUCAUCCACAUAUACAUCAUCCAUAUAUACAUCAUCCAUAUAUACAUCAUCCACAUAUACAUCAUCCAUAACACUAUCCAUAUAUGCAUCAUCCACAUACACAUCAUCCAUAACACCAUCCAUAUAUACAUCAUCCACAUAUACAUCAUCCAUAUAUACAUCCACAUAUACAUCAUCCACAUAUACAUCAUCCACAUAUACAUCAUCCAUAUAUACAUCAUCCAUAACACCAUCCAUAUAUACAUCAUCCACAUAUACAUCAUCCAUAA